CUCUUUCUCGCUCGUUUGUUCUCUAUUGCGUCUUUUUCUCUGGUUUUCUAGUCGUUUCUCGAGGGUUCCUUCGCGAGUGUAUGGCAGUGAGCCUCGUGUGCGGUGAGGUAUCGGACCUCUGCAUCGGCAAGCCGGCGCUACGACCGCUGCCCUCCACAGCCACCGUUGGUGACGCCCUUCUCGCUCUCAGGAGCCGAUGCGGCGGAGAACUCUGUGUUAGCUUCUGGAGCGCCGACAAGAAGACCAUCGCCGGCCGGGUCUCCGUCGUUGACGUUGUUUGCUAUCUCUGCUCUGAGAGCAACAUCGCUGACCCAGCCCGUGCCCUCGCUGAUCCUGUCUCUGUUCUUCUCCCCAAGGAUUCCGGCCUUGUUUGCCGUCUUGAGCCCAAUUCCUGUAUCUUGGACGCGUUGGACGCGAUCCUUGAGGGCAUCCAGACACUGGUGGUGCCCAUUCGCCGGAGAAAGCUAUCCGCCGGUGGCGGCGAAGAGUUCUGCUGGUUGACCCAAGAGGACCUUGUCCGCCAUUUCCUCAACUCCAUCGCUGUCAUCUCGUCGGUCGCCGCUCGCCCUGUUGCCUCUCUCAACGUCGUCCGCUCCGACUUCGUCGCCGUCCGCUACCGUGACCCCGCCCUCUCCGCGCUCCCUCUCCUCCGCCGUGCGAUUUCCACCCAAACCUCCGUCGCCGUGGUCACCGACGACGGCAAACUGAUCGGCGAGAUAUCCCCCUCAACCCUCGCCAACUGCGACGAGGGUGUUGCCGCCGCCCUCGCCGCGCUCUCUGCCGGCGAUCUCAUGGCCUACAUCGACUGCUCCCCGGCCCCACCGGUGUCUGCCAUCCUCGCAGUCAAAUCCAAACUCAAAGAGAAAAACCUCACCGGCAUGCUAGAGCUCCUCGAUGAGGAAUUCUCACAAACCCUUGUCAUGCCCUUAUCCUCAUCCUCAGAUGAGGACGAAGACACAUCCACCAUGAAUCGCAGAAAACCAAGGAGGAUGAGGUCAGGCAGCUACUCAGCUCGAAUGGGAAGAAGGUCAGAGGAGGCUAUCGUUUGCCAUCCUGAGAGCUCGCUUGUGGCCGUGAUGGUCCAAGCGCUGGCGCACAGAGUGAGCUACGUGUGGGUGGUGGACGAAGAGUACACCCUUGUGGGCAUUGUCACCUUCCCAGACAUUCUCAAGGUUUUAAGGGAGCAAUUCACAGACUCUUUUUGAGAAGCUCAUCUCAUAUCCAGAGGGAUGAUUCUGUGGGUGAUGAAAGGAUCAGAGUUGUGUCAAUGAGCAUAUAUAUGUAUGCAGUCUUUUAAUAAGAGUUUACUCAAGUGUGCAGCGAGGGGAAGGGUGUGACUAGUCAUGAGGAAAAAAAUUAUUAAAUCCAGAGCCUUUUUUGCUAAAUUCAAAUAAAACUUAGAUCUUUAUA